CAGCCGUUACUCUAAAGAUGCCAGUUGCACCGAGGUCUUCUGCCAAGAUGCAGACCAAACUGAGCGCCUGGACUCCUCUGAACCACCCAGAGUCCAACAGCAAGGUGUUUGAAGAGAGGCGGAACCUUCUGGCAAAGUGGUUUGCCAGGUGGUCCGACAGCCAGAGGAAGGCCCUGCUGCAGGACUUGGUUCUGAGCUGUUCUGUGGACCAGCUGCUGUUCCUGAAGCUCAGUGUGGGCCGCCGGCUCCCCCUGCAGGCCGCGGACUUCACCUGCCUGCUGCCCAGAGCCCUCUGCCUCUAUCUGUUCUCCUUCCUGGACCCACGCAGCCUCUGUCGAUGUGCCCAGGUGAGCUGGCUCUGGAGGAGCAUUGUGGAACUGGACCAGCUGUGGAUGCCGAAGUGUGUGAGGCUCGGCUGGUGCAUCAACUUCUCCCCGACCCCGCUGGAGCAGGCCGUCUGGAAGAGACUCUACGUCCACACGGUGCAGGAGCUGCGAGUCACCGCGCUGCAGGUCAGGAGACCAGAUCCACAAUCAGCUCACCAGCAGCAGCCUAAGGUUCCACACGUAUCAGCCAUCAGCAGCAGACAUGGAGCUCUGUCUGAACCGGCCGUCAUCAGCGACGAGCACGCCACCCCCCCCACCCAGGUACGUGGAGGUACCUCCAGGACGGGGUUCAGAAAGGAAAAGCAGACAACUACACCGCCACCAUGGAAAGAUUCUGACAGACGUCCUACAGACACACUACGCUUCAACUACUUGGACAACCUGGAGCCCAGUGAUGCAGCGUAUGCACAGCUCAGUCUACAGCCUACAUCUUACACUAUAGGCUCCACCGGCCGCCGCGGCAACACAUCCCAGCCAGACGACAGGAGCCAGAAAACGGUGUCUGCGGCCCAUUACAAACUACGCAAGGCCAAAUCGCUGAUGUUCCUCAGCUCCAACUGCAGACCCCAGCAUCCUCCUCCUCCUCAUGAGACCCAGUCUCGACCUUCUUGGGCUGCUCGCAGUCCCGAGCCCCCCGUCACCAAGGAGACUGCCAAGAGCGUGCUGCGCCUGGCCCAGUGGAAUGCUGGGAUCCGUCCGGGCCCGGCGAGGCCGGCGGUGCCCCGGCUGAGCGUGGAGGCGCUCCGGGCGGCCCAGCGAACACACCGAAGCGCUCCCAGUACACAGCUGUUCCAGGCUCAGCCCUGGACUGUUCCUGCUUCACACACACAAGAUAUGAAGUGACUCAUCGCCAUCGUCAAGGAGACCGCACAACUACAGCAAGAUUUUUGAGCUACAGCUUCACAUGGGAAAGUUCAAUAUUCA